CCUACGAAGCUUCGUGGAAGCUGCCAUGGGUUCUCUCUUCCUCAGCCCAUUUAAUAGCCUCCUUCCUCGUUCUUUCCUCUCAAACCAGAGAUCAAGUAACCAAAUAUUCAAUACUCAAUCAUCUCUUUCCUCUUCUCUUUAUCUUCUUCUUCUUCUUAGAUAUGAAGCUCGCCGCUAGCCUCAGCCGCAUCAGCCCCAAACGUCUCUUCCGCUCCAAAUCAAAAGCCUCCGUCUCCAGAUCUGAGCCUUCUUCCUUCAGCUCAAAUGCUUCUUCCUCUUCCUCCGACGGAUCCUACGGUAACCUCAAACCAGGCCCAACCGCCACUCCCAUCAGUGUCCUCCCUCACAACUCUGGCGACUUUUACACCGAGCUUGUCCAAGCCUUUAAACUCAUCGACCGUGACCACGACGGCGUUGUCUCUAGAGGAGAUCUCGCGGCGUUGCUUAGCAGGUUGAGUCCUGAACCGCCGAGUCAAGAGGAGGUGAGCUUAAUGCUUAAAGAAGUCGACGGGGACGACGAUGGCGAUUCUAUACGCCUCGAAGAGCUCGCGAGCCGUGUAGCCGGAACGUCCGGGGAAGGAUCCGUAGAGACGGAGGAGCUGAGAGAGGUGUUCGAGUUCUUUGACGCGGAUCGUAACGGGAAAAUAUCGGCGGAGGAGUUGCACAGAGUGUUCGGAGUGAUCGGAGACGAACGGUGCACGUUAGAAGAGUGUAUCCGUAUGAUAGCGACGGUUGAUAGGAACGGCGACGGUUUCGUUUGCUUCGAAGACUUUUGCCGCAUGAUGGAGCUUCAAAGCAGCGAUGAAUGAUUCAUCAUUAUCAUUUGUUUGAUUGAUGAUGGUGACAUCACUACAUUGCUCUCUCUUUAUUUUGUUCUCUCUCUCUUUUUCCAUAUAAACAACUGUAAUCUCUAUUUUGCGGUGCGGGUAUUAAUUAAUAUCGUGACGGCAAAGCACUAAAUUAAGACGUUCACCGUUGGUCUAUAAAAUUAAAAUUUGAUUUA